AUGACGCUAGGUGCCACCGGAACUGAGAUGCUGGACAAAGCACCGAGCCUGUCACCACCAAACGACCAUCCGCAGCGUUCGAAGAGCUUGCUUCCUCCAUCCAUCGUUGAGCUCAACAGGGACAGCGUGGUAUUGUCAUGGCGAGCAGCUCUCGGCAAGUGCUCCAUCCACGCAGAGAACCCCGACAACAUCUCGGAAAGUCAGGAGUGGGCAAACCUUGACGAAGACACCAGAAAUCAUCAACACGCCGCCGAUGGUUCGGCGAAAAAGAGUGGUGAUGUCAAGAUAUUCGACGUGGAUCACGUCGAGCUGCAGACUUGCUGCGGGUGUCCCCGCUGCCUCCACGAGGGCGACGAGAACAACCAGAAAGACGAGGGUGGUGGUAGUCUUGAAGGCCGGGCAUGCUCGUGUCGUUGCUGCUCUUCAGCGCGCUGCGGGCGGGGCUGUUGGCGCCCGGUGUACCAGGGACCCCACAACCAGUGCCGAGUUCAACUUGUGCAAGGGAACAAGAUGCACUUCUUCCGGUUGCUUGUGCGUGCGAGGCUUCCCCCACCAAGCAUGAGGAACUACAUGCGCCCUAAGAGCGGGGUAGUCUUGGGUAGUGACCCUGACACCAGCGGAGGGGUCAUGCAGCCCAACGACGGUGGUUCACAUGAUCUGACGUCACCAAACCGGCGGCGGCAGCGGCGGCAAAACGAAUAUUCUGGAAUACCUACUGUUACCUGCUGUGACCCGGAAGAAGUAACGCUUUGGAGCGGCUCCCCUGCCCUAGCGCAUGGUGGCUCCUGUAGUACUGCGGGUGGUGGCGAUGUCCAUGCUUGCGAUCGAAGCCCGGGCCGAGGCCAGCAGCGAGGAGGGGUAGGGGUGUCACUAUCCACCCCGCUCGGAGACGAGUCCAGAGCGACAACAGCAGCGGGGAAAAGCGUGUGGUUUGUGUCGGACUCGGUGUUCGUGGACAGUCGUCCUCCUGCUGUGACUCUCCACGGCAUAGGCACCGCGCUGGUCUUGACGUGGCCCGCACUGGCCGGCUUAUCUGGCGGCGAACAAAUUUCCUACAUCCUUGAGCAGUGGUCUCAAGCCACCACCACCCCGACGCCGUUUCUGAACAGAACCAGCCCUCGAACCGACCAGGGGGCGCCAUCCGAGCUCGACGGCCGGCCAAAGUCUCGCCGAGGCCACCACCGACACCACCACCACCGCCGCCAUCUGGCGCCGCCGAAACAAGUCGACUUGAAAGAGGCCUUCGCCGUCGGCACGAGAUGCUGGUUCAUGCCGACCGGUCUUAAGACGGGCAUGCGGUACUGGUACCGCCUCAGCCUCAUCCACGACGGAGGGAAAGGCGUCGGCGGAAAGUGGGUGUCGUACUCGACUUCCGUCGCACCGCCGCGAUGCGUAGGCAUGACCUCAAGGGCUCUCGUCUUGUCCCUCCCUCGCGCCCUAGACGACGCUGCCCGCUCUGGAUCGGAAGAGCACCUCGAGGCGCCGGAGAUGGACGGACAACCGUUAGAGACCAGGAGUCUGCCCACUGGAAGCGCAGGGGACAAAACUGAGGAAUAUGGUGACGCAGAGGACGUGGGCGUGACGACAAACCAACACCCUAACGGCGAGGAGGAAAAAAUCGAACAGCCGAUGGUGUGGUACACAUUGGAAGGCUUCUUGGUUGAAGAGAAGCGGUGGGUCGCGCUGUACCGAGGCCCCUCUCCUGAAGUCGUUGUGGAGGGACUCGAGCCAAGCACGCUCGUCAGGUUCAGGCUUGGCAUUGACGUCGACAUCACAGAGCUACGGCAUCGAUCUCUUGGUCCCCUUGCAUCCCUUGAGCUGGAACCAACGUCGCCCGACGCGGUCGGUGUCGCCGCUACCGCCGCAGCACCCGCAGCAGCGGCAGCACCAACGACUUGUGGUGAAAAUCUGUGCCCGAAACGGACACAGCUGGGCCAGGCGUGCCCUUCGCCCACAAGGACGGUCGUCGUACGGCCGGCGCUUCGCUUGAAGUCUACUGCGGAGGCUAAAAAAUCUGUGGGGCACGGCGCCCGCAACCCCAAGACUGACCUCGGGCGAAAUCGGUGGCAGUGGAGCCCCGCCAAGAGCCCGGCCGCAUCGAAGAUGAGACGGGAAGGUUUUGCGUUCCACGACGCCACCGCUACCGUCGGCGGCGGUUUCUACCUCGAGCGGCCGCUGCUGUCGUGGGGGAGGCUCCAGUGCCACAGCGACGGAGAAGAAACGCCAAUACGACGACAGGCGUAUUCAGGACUACGGCAAUGGUUAGGCCUGGGGCGCUACCCCGAGUUUUUUUCGGCGAACGGCGCCGGCGUCUGUGCGGAGCUUGCAACUUCGACCGCUUUCGCCGUGGGGCUGUGCACGAAAGCAACGGAUUCGCAGCCGGAAAGCGAGGUCCAAGCGGUGGUCGUCACCGCUCCACCCGCGCCUGUGAUGGAGCCGAUAGCAGUGGCUAACGAUUCAGCGGCGGCGGAAGCUGAGGGAGAAGUAUUCGGCGCUGUAACUCUGAAGGCCACCUGGAGGACGGACAUCGACCAGAGGCAUCUCCCCGCGGGAAUUGAUCUGCCGCCGUUGUUGAUCGCGCUGGAAAUGGCGCACAUUCCGGAGGCAGGGCUUUCGGCUCGCGGUGUUGGGGAAACAGCGGCAAAGGUCUCCCAGAACGGACAGCAAGCUAGUUCUCCCGGGACUGCAGCACUGACAACAGCAACGGCGACGGUUGACGGUAGAGCUGUAUCCCCGACUUCGCCCAACACCGCCCGCCCCUCAAGCGGUACCCAGAACAUUCCGGUGAGGACUGACGCCGGUUUCGGCCAGUCCUGGACGCUAGGCUCCAGCUCGUGGGGAAGGUCAAGAAGUCGGGCGGAGGAGUUUGAGAUUGUCUGGAGGGGCGAAGAGGGGGGAGCGGGGACGGAGAAGGGGGUGGUAGAGGCGCAGAGUCCCCCGUUGCCACCGGGAAUGCGGUUUUUAUUCCGGGUUCGAGUGGAAUGCCGCUUCGGCGUGGCGGUCUCGGCGUCGACGGUAUACGAAACGGCGCCCGUGGUACCCUUGUCCCCAAAGGGACUCCGAGCAUGCCUUGCAACUCACGAAAGCAGGGCGGGCAACACCAGCAGAUGCGUGCGGCUGUUGUGGGACGCCUUUCACCCUGGCCACGGAAAGAACGUCAUCACGUCUUUCACUGUCCAGGCGCGUCGUCCUCGGCCUUCCUCCCCCGAAGACCAGGUUACCCGGGACGCGAACCACCCCCACCCCCCACCCACCCCCGCACACCCUUGGCAAGUCGUGUGCUCCUGCCCGGAGAUAGGCUGUCUCGAUCCGGCGACCCUAGGCGUGCCGCACGUCCUCGCGGACUACCGCGUGAGGGCAGAAGGCCCCGGGGGUAAGGGCCCCUGGUGCGAGCCUCUCCGGGUCGACCUCCUCGUCCAGGAAGAUACCCCCCGAAACGGGUUGUGUCUGCCAUCUGGCGGCGGCGGCGGCGGCGGCGGAGGCAGCGGCGGACGCGGCGGCGGCUGCGAGAGUAGCGGUGCCGUCAGCAGCGUCACCUUUGUGGCGGCGAAGCAAGAGAAGCGGCACUCCGGGCGGCAGCCCAUGGACUUCGUUCGACCGGGGGCGAGGGCGCGCGACCCUCUAACGGGAGAGGCGCGCCGGCGGCUGUGGGUGAACCAGAGGCCGCUGAAAGUGCCCCCGCCGCCGGCGGCGGUAGCGACGCUAGUGCUGCCGGGCGCGGUCGUGACGGCGAGGACGAGGACUACAGCCAUGGCGGAGCAUCGGUGCCGUCUUGCCGGGGGCAGCAAUCAGCUAUUAUGGGGAGCGCUCGCGUCUCCUCGAGCGGCCCGCGGGUGUCGCGUGGAAGGGACUCUAUCCUCUAGAGCUGCGCCGGGGGCGGCUGGAGUAAGCGGCUUCAAUCGCGCUAUCUCAGGGGGCGACGACCCUGAAAAUAGCCGAGGGCCGAAGACAGAGGGCGAACACGUGGGGCCCAGAAGCCCAGCGAGAGGGGGGAGGGGCGAGCGGUUGGCGGUGGCGGCGAUGCCACACGAGCUGGCGUUGUUGCUACGCGAGGAACUCGACGUGUCGCGCCGUCUGGGGUGCGACGAGGCUGGACCUUGGGAGAGCGAGGGCCGUGGCGGAGCGGUUGACAGCGAGACCCGGAAACCCCAGUGGUGGCAUGGGUCGCCCCACCUCCGCUUCCUGACCCGCAAGACCAUUCCAGUCAAAUUCAGCAACAUGAGCGCCCUCGUCGUAGUCAGCAACAGCAGCAACGUACCAAGCGGCGAUUUGCCAGAAGGCGGCAAGACACGACAGCAGGGACAAGCCGAGGGAUGA